AUGAGUACAGAUCAGCUGGAAAAACAAAGACUUAAAUAUGAAGAACUCGAAGUUAUUGAAAAGAAUAUAACUGAAAGGAUCCAAAGGAACCCACAAGUUUUCUAUGCUAACUAUCAAGAAUAUUUGAAAAUUGCUGGUUGUAAUAAUAUCCGUUUGAAAUCGUUGAUUGCCAAAGAAAAUAUUAGUUCAAAUAGAAUAUACAAAUGGAAAAGAAGAAUAAGGAAAAGAAAGCAAACUUUAAUCCAACAACAUGAGAUCAAUGAUUUUUUAAAAAGGGUAUUGCAAUUGUGUAAUGAAAUUGAAGAUACUGCCAAUGAGACUGAUCUUAAGAAGGAAGUUCAAAAAAAUUAUAGUAUUGAAGAAAAUACAGAUGAAUUAGACUUGGAUAAAUUUGAUUUGUUGUUAAAGUCGAUCAAUUCUACAUAUGACAAACAUGACCCUAGUGAUAAUGGUGAUGAUUUUAACAGAGAAUAUAAAAUGUUCCCCACUAAUCAUUUUAAUAGAAGUAAGAAUAAUACAUCAUUACUAUCAUUAAAAGCUAUGGAUUUAAAUUUGAAUAAAAUCUUUACUAGAGAUGAACACUAUGGAGACUUUUUAAAUUUGGAUAGUUUUUAUAAUGACUGGUUAAACGUCAUGGAAGAUGCUUCUGUAACUUUUUUGGAAUUUUUUGUUGCUACCUUGGAAUUGUUUGAAGCCACUGAUUUUGCGUAUUUAUUUGAAUCAAAAAUUAAUAGAGAUUCUGAAAAGUACAAGGAUUUUAUUGUAAAAUUGACAAAUAAACUAACGUGUGAUUUUAGAAAAAUAUACCCAUUAAUAGAUUAUGAUAUCUUUGAAUCUGAUGUUGUUAACAAGUCUUUUCCACACAUAAUAAGUGCAGGAAUCAAGCAUAAGGUUUCUUCCACUGGACGCACCACUCAAAACGAAGAGGAACAAAUUUUUUGUAUAUGCUGCGAUAAAUUUUUCAAAAACGAUGAGAAGAAUUAUGUAAAGCAUUUGGAUGAUACGGAGCAUUUGGAAAAUUAUAAAAAUAAAGGGGAAUUUUUAAAAUCAGAGUACAAAUUGCAUUGGAUUUGUUCAAAAUUGUUGAAUGAUGUUAUAAACCGGACAAAAAGCUUUCAUGAACGUAAAUUGGCAUUUACUGCGAAAGAGAGAAGCAAAGAGUUACAAAAAUUAACCAAGGAGUACGAUGAGCCCAUUUAUACACCAGAAGAAUAUAAACAAGACAAGCGAGACGAGACACUGCAAAAAAAGCUUUUUAGAGCAAGCUUUAAUAAUGAUAACGACAGCAGUAAUAGCGAAGAUGAGGAGGACCAAAAGUUGUUGAAUCUAUACAACAUGCCAUUGGGGACUGAUGGAUUGCCUAUUCCUAAGUGGCUAUAUAAAUUGCAAAAAUUGGAUGUGGAAUAUCCAUGCGAGAUUUGCGGGAAUGUUCAAUAUAGGGGGUAUAAAAAUUAUAAUAAGCAUUUCUCAGAACCAAAACAUAUAUUUGGAUUAAAAUGCUUAGGUGUUUCUUCAAAUCCGAUUGUUUUUAAAGGUAUCUCUACUAUUAAAGAAGUCAAACAUUUGAAGGAAGAGCUUGAAAAUUCUGGGACUGGGGUUGCCGCUGCUGCUGCUGCUGCUGCUACUACUACUACUACUAAAUCUGCCAAUGGUUACAAGAAUGUUACAGGCGAUGUUGAUAAUAAAUGGGUUAUUGAGGUGGAGGAUAAGAAUGGGAAUGUCAUACCUGCUUCAUCUUUAUUGAAGAAGAAAUGA